AGAGAAUAAAAUGGUAAAAUGGUCGGAGUUGCCACCGGAGAUUCUCCACUUGAUCUCCCUUAAAAUCGACAAUCCCUUUGAUCUGAUCCACUUUCGGUCAGUUUGUUCCUUUUGGCGAUCCUCUAGUCUCCUCAAAUUCAGACACAUGACAUCACUUAGAUGUCCUCUUCCCCUUGAUCCCGGCGGUUGUGGUGAUGAUUGCCAUAUCUUGAGCAGCCGUGUCUACCUUCUCAAGUGUCCUAAUCGUGACCGUCCCCAAUAUUGGUAAUAAAAUCUGUUUCUUGUAUUGAUUCUUGAAUCUUGAUGAUACAUAGAUGAUAAUUUUCUCCUGCCAGGAUGUUUAAACUACAAGCUAAAGAGAAUGGAGAAGUUGUUCUACAUAGUUUGUUCUUAAGAAGAAACUCCUCUGCGUAUGGAUGCUUGUAUCCAAGUCUAUCUAUUGAUUUGCUCAAUUGUCAAAUCUUUGAGCUAGCGCAAGAACAUGUGGCUUGUUACAGCGAAUGGUUUGAAUUAUUUGAAUGCAUUUCAAAAUGUGAAGAACGUAUCGGAUUUAUGGGUCUAAACAGAGAGAAAAACGAAUAUAUGAUUCUAGGGAAGCUCUCAUUCAAUGGUCUCGCAAUGUAUAGGUCAGUCGAUAACCGUUGGACUGAGCUCGAGAUAACACCCGAUUCAUUUUUUGAAGGGAUAGUUCCAUUUAAAGGCAAGUUUUACGCGAUAGAUCGCACCGGAAAAACAACAGUGGUAGAUCCAACACUAGAAGUGAAUACAUUUCAGCGGUCAAGACCUUGUGAUAAGACAAGGAAACGUUGGCUUUUAAUGACAGGGGACAAACUCAUUCUCGUAGAGAUGUGCACAAAGAGCCGAUACGAUUUUCACAUACCAAAUAUCCGUGAGAAAAAGAUAUGGUUCGAAAUAUCAGAGUUAAACGAGGAAAGAAACGAUUGGGAUCAAGUGGAAGAUAUGGACGGUCGUGUGUUGUUCUUGGAGCAUUAUUGUACCUUCUCAUGCUUGGCUACUGAAAUUCCAGGGUUUAGGGCUAACUCUAUAAUCUUCAUGGACUUGUGGGGAGGAUCUAACUCAUAUGAACUUGAAAGCAUUCUCGUGUAUGAAUUCAAUGAGAAAGGCGUAAGAUCUUUAAGAGAUAAAUUGGAGUAUAUAGAGCUGUUUCCAUUUCCCCCUGGUUGGGUAAUCUCCAACGGAUAAUUAUAUGACAUUCACUAAAACAUGCAUGCCUUUUAUUAUUUUUGUUUUGUUUUGUAUAUACUAUGAUUUUCCUUUUGUAUUUGACCAAAGUUUGGC